AUGACUAAUUAUAGUUGGGAUAAAUAUAAAGGUUAUCACAUAAAUCAUAAUACAGGUUAUCAGUCACAACCACCUACACAACAACAAUCAAAAAUAAUAAACGGAAUAGAUUUAUUACCAUGGGACGAGUUUUUACCACGAGAAACAGAAUCCCACCAAACAGUACCACCACCACCUCAAAAAACACGUCCUAAAAAAUUAACCAAAUCAGAAAAACGUGAAAUUAAACAAAUCAAAAAAAUAAACGUUCAAAGAAGAAAAGAGCUAGAACGAAACACCGAAUUAGGUACAAAUGGUAAAGAAACAGAAGUCGAUUUUAAGCCAUAUUUGGUCAAACAAGAAUUAAAAAAUCUAUUCAAUUCAAUAAUUUUACAAAAGAAACAACAAUUAGAAAACAACUCAAACAAAAAAAUAUCACCAACAGAAGAUUUCCCCAUUUUGAAAUACAAUUCAGUAUCCAUAUACAAAUCAGAUUUGAAAAACUACCUACCAAAUGAAUGGUUGAACGAUGGUAACCUUUCACUAAUUUUUGAAUUCCUCAACGAGCUUUUCAUAAAAUCCCAAAUACAACUUUCUCACGAAAUUCAACUAAUUUUCCCAUCAAUAGUUCAAUUAAUCCAACAUUUCCCCUCAAAUGAUAUUGAAAAUUUAUUACCAAUUGCAGAAUUAACAAAAUCAAAAUUUAUAUUCUUACCAAUAAAUUUAAUUGACGAUGAUGAUCAACAACAACAAGAUUUAGAAGUUGAAAAUAAUGGAGAUCACUGGAUCUUGGGUAUUUUAUCAUUAAUAGAUUAUAAACUUUUCAUAUAUGAUUCAAUGACUUUAGAUGAUGAUAUGAAAACUGAUCUUAAACUUCACAAGUUUUGUAAAAAAUUAGAAAGUUGUUCAUUAAUUCCUUCAAAACAAAAGAUAAAAUUACAAUAUUUAAAAUGUGAUCAACAAAAAAAUUUUGAUGAUUGUGGUAUAUUUGUUAUUAUGAUUACUUGUUAUCUCAUAAACGAGUUAAUAUUUGGUAAAGAAUUAGUAGUAGAUGAAGAUGGUAAAAAUUUAGUAUCGUUAGAUAUCUCGGGAGUAAGAUUUAAUCCAUUAGCUUGUAGAUUAUCAAUUAUGAAAUUAAUUUCAAAAUCUAUUGAAUACUAA